GAUCUAUAACCGCUUCGACGAUUACAAGGUUUCGGCAACGGCGGGCUGCUUCGUCAGUGCGGCGCCCCAUCCAGAAACAUCGCUUAUUCUUUGUGCGAAACUGGUGGAAGCUGGUCCGCGCGCGGCAAGCCCGCUAUUGCAUGCCCACAAAGCGGACGGCGCUGUUGGAGCAACUCCGGAAGAUGGCGGCAAGGGCCUCAGCAGCGGGCUGCUCAUGCCCACCUGCAACUACAGCAAAAGGUCAGUUACGGACACAGGUGAUUCCGAGCUGUGCUCGGAAUCGUUCCGCCGCAUCUUCCGGCCGCUGCUUUCGGAGCUGCAGGCGCGGGUGCAGCGGCAGUGCGCUGGACGCCACACGCUACGAGUCUUCACGUUCAACGUGGAGGCGCCGGCCUUUUUCUGCGCGGACCGCGACGGCUCCUUCGAGCAGCUCCUCCACCAAUUCACCAUCAAGAACUCGGAAGAAGCAGACAGCCUGGGAGUGACCGACCGUGUGGUUGAGGAACACCGCUCCCGGGUCGAGCGAUGGCUCUGCCGCGCCAUCGAGGAUAAUGCGAACUACAAGGCCACGCAGGAGGAGGAGGAGCCGUCGGAAGCGCCGCCGCCCGACGCA